UUUAUUUUUUUUUUUCAUUUGUUAAUCGAGUUCAACUAAACAUGUUGUAUACGGAUGAUUCUAAAUAUUUCAUUGGUAUGUGAAUUCUCUUGUGGCGAUCUCUAACUCGAAAUGGCCGGAAUACGCGAAAAUGUUUUUGGUCGUCAUGCUUCCGUUAACACCGUUUACCACUGUCUCUACGGAUAUUAUUAUUUGGGCGUCAACAAGUCUACAUUAGCUAAAAUUUAUGCUAAACAUCGUUCCACAAUUUCUCAAUGGAUUCGGCUGUAUGAGGAAAAUAAGUAUUUUAGUCGAAAGGAAAGAGAAAAAGUAUACUUGGAAUUUGGCCCGAAGGAAAGGUCUUGGAUUGUGGAUUUGUACCGAAAUUGUCCUAUUCUGUACCUCUACGAAACCAAAGAACGAUUUCAAAGGACAUUUCAUAAGUCUAUCAGCACUGCUUCGAUCAGCCGGAUCCUGCAUGCAGAAGGUUAUAGCUGGAAAGUACUGGAAAGACGAGCAAUUCAACUACGGCAACGAGAUAUCUACCGAUUUCAUUCAGAUAUGAGCAUCAUAAAAUGGGAUAUACACAACCUGGUGUUUUUUGAUGAAGUAUCUUUUGAUAACCGUGGCAUGCUUCGCACUAAAGGUUAUGCACCAUUGGGAAAACGACUUAUAUUUCGUGGGGAGUUUAAUAGGCGCCCUAGAUGCUCAAUGUUAAGUUUCUUGGGAUGCAAUGGGAUUAUUGAAACCUUUUCCACUGAAGGUACUUUCACGCGGCAAAAAUUUUUUGAUUGCGUUCGCUCAUUUGUGUUGAGUGGAGUAGUAAAACGGCACCCAGGACAAUAUAGUACAUUGAUAAUGGAUGGCGCUCGUAUUCAUUGUCAUAAGGCAAUUGUAGAGUACCUACGAUCAUUAGGUAUUAAUGUCAUCUUUUUACCAGCAUAUGCUCCUUUUUAUAAUCCCAUCGAGUACAUAUUUGGCUACCUUAAAAGGCAUCUUAAAAAAACAUAUGUUGAGAAUAGCUCUAAAGAUAUGAUUAUUUACAUUUGUGAGGCUUUGGGUCAUUUCAAAAACUUUAAUUGCUCGAAUAUCUUUAAAAAAUGUGGGUAUUUCCCCGGAGGAAUUUUUGAUCCCAGCAUUGGUUUGGGUCAAGAUAUGAGAACAUUUGGAUUCAAAACAUAA